CCCCGCCGUCCCUCUGGGUCCACUGCUUAAAUACGAGCCACGACAGGGCUCGGUCUCCUCAGCCUCGGUCACCAGCCCCGGCCUGGGACAGUAAACCGACAAUGCCAUCCUCCAUCACGUGGGGCGUCCUCCUGCUGGCGGGCUUGUGCUACCUGGUCCCCUGCUCCCUGGCCGACGGAGAUGCUGUCCAGGACACACAUGCGUCCGAGCACGACCAUGACCAUGACCAUGACCACCACGAGGAGCUCGCCUGCCACAAGAUGGCCCCGAACCUGGCUGACUUCGCCUUCAGCAUGUACCGCCAGGUGGCCCACGAGUCCAACACCACCAACAUCUUCUUCUCCCCCGUGAGCAUCGCUACAGCCUUUGCGAUGCUGUCUCUGGGAACCAAGGGUGACACGCACAGCCAGAUCCUGGAGGGCCUCGGUUUCAACCUCAGCCAGCGAGCGGAGAGCGAGGUCCACCAGGGCUUUCAGCAGCUCCUCCGCACCCUCAACCAGCCUGCCAGCCAGCUGCAGCUGACCACCGGCAACGGGCUGUUCAUCAACGAGAGCGUGAAGCUUCUCAACACGUUUCUGGAGGACGUCAAGAACCUGUACCACUCGGAAGCCUUCUCCGUCAACUUCAGGAACAGCGAAGAAGCCAAGAAACGGAUCAACGAAUACGUCGAGAAGGGAACCCAGGGAACAAUUGUGGAUUUGGUCCAAGAGCUUAACGAAGACACAGUUUUUGCUCUGGUGAAUUACAUUUUCUUUAAAGGCAAAUGGGAGAAGCCCUUCGAGCCCGAGCUCACGGUGGAGGAGGACUUCCACGUGGACGAGCACACCACGGUCAAGGUGCCCAUGAUGAGCCGCAUGGGCAUGUUCGACGUCCACUACUGCGACAAGCUGGCCAGCUGGGUGCUGAUCAUGGAGUACGUGGGCAACGCCACCGCCAUCUUCAUCCUGCCCGACGAGGGCAAGAUGCAGCAGCUGGAGGCCAUGCUGAGCAGGGACGUCCUGGCCAAGUCCCUGGAGAAGCGACACACCAGGUCUGCCAAUGUACAUUUGCCCAAACUGUCCAUUUCCGGAACCUACGAUCUGAAAAGCCUCCUGAGCAAAAUGGGCAUCACCAAGGUCUUCACCUACGAGGCUGACCUCUCGGGGAUCACUGAGAAAGGUCACCUGACACUGUCCCAGGCGCUGCAUAAGGCCGUGCUGACCAUCGACGAGAGAGGGACAGAAGCAGCCGGGGCCACGUUUAUAGAAGCCAUCCCCAUGUCGAUUCCCCCCACUGUCAAUUUCAAUAGGGCCUUUCAAAUCAUCAUCUAUGACCAAAACACCAAGAAUAUCCUCUUCAUGGGAAAGGUGGUGAACCCCACCCAGAAGUAGCUGGCUUUCUGGGUUCAGCCCCCUCUGCAGUUGGCAUUAAAGAAGAAUCGGGCCCAAG